AUGGAGCCAGCCGGCUUCAAGGUGGAGGCAGAGGGCAAAGCCCACGAUGGAGGCUUUUUGGUUAGCCAACAUAAGCCCACCAGCCAGGGCCGAACGACACCCCGAGUUAAUAACUCACAGACAUCCGAGUGGUCUAAUGGUCGUAUGUCUCUCUCUGCCAUCCUCCUCGCCGAAAUCACUACUAACCAAUCACAGUAA